UGGGUGGGCGGCACUCAAGGGUGCGCGCGCGUUCCUGCCUGUAGGUGGCCCCGGCCAAGCCAGCCCCGCCCCAGCAGGAGGCUGGACAUUCGUCCUGCUUGAGGGUGUCUGGGAACUGGGUGUGCCACGGGGUCCCUGCCUCCCUCCUCCCUCUCACAUUGCCGAAGAGUCAGCCCCACGGCUGCGGCACCGAGACAGCCUGCCCGGGAUCCUCAAGGUGCCAGCCCAUGGCCGAGCCUGCCAUCCUCUCGGCCGCCCAGAUGGAGAGGCUGGCCCCAGCGUCCCUAGCCUCACCGUGUCCUCGGAUCCCGCGGGCUCGCAUUGCCAGGCGCUGCGCCCAGCGCUGGGCCGACCUGGGCUGCAGCUCUGGCCCCUCCUCGGGCCGAAUGAAUCAGCUUCCCCAGAAGAAUCCCCUGCGACCACGCCCUGCUGGCUCUUCCCGCUCCCGGAUGUCCUCAGCAGAGAGCUCCAGCAUGGACAGCUUUUGGAUGGAGGUGGAACGGAUCCAACAGAGGGAUGAGCUGAGGGAAGAGGACAGUGGCGGGAAUGAAGGCCAGCUUCCAGAGGAAGGGGAAGCUGAAUCCCAGUGGCUGCAGGACACAGGCCUGUCGGGCCUCCUUGGUGGCCUGGGCUUGGACGGUGAUCACCAGGAGCUCCUGUCCACCCUGACACAGACCCAGGUGGCUGCUGUGUGCCGCCGGCUGGACAUCUAUACUCGCUCACUGCGAAGACGACAAAAGGCACCUGUCAGAGAUGUCAGGGAUGUCUUUGGGGUCUUCAAUUCCGGGAAAAUGUCAUCAGAGAAUGGGGACUCCAGUAUGAAAUGGGCCCAGCUCAGUUCCGGGGCCUCUAAAUCUCCUCCAGCAGCAGAGCCUGGGGGGCUGCUGGAGCAGACUGGGAGGGAAGAAGCCUUCAACAUGGACUCUGCCUACUCAGAACAAGCUGCGGUGCUCCUGCAGAGGAGCGGCUCAUCACCGGGAGGUGCCUCUGCUUGGGGCAAGUGUUCCCUGCCGAAGUUCACCAUCCCCAAAGGCAGACUUGGUGUGACGAGGAUAGGGGACUUGUCCCUGCAGGAUAUGAGGAAGGUGCCUUCUCUGGCCCUCAUAGAGCUGACCGCGCUGUGUGACGUCCUUGGCUUGGACCUGAAGAGGAGCAAGGCGGGGAAGUGGAAAGCAGCAGAAACUCGCCUCUUCGGCGUAUCCCUUGACAGCCUGCUGGAAGCUGACCACAAAGUCCUCCCCAGCACGCAGGUCCCGCUGGUCCUUCAAGCUCUGCUGUCCUGUUUGGAAAAGAGAGGACUGGACAUGGAAGGCAUUCUCAGGGUGCCCGGAUCCCAGGCCAGGGUCAAGGGGCUAGAACAGAAGCUGGAGAGAGAUUUCUACACUGGCCUUUUUAGCUGGGACGAGGUUCAUCACAAUGACGCCUCCGAUUUGCUCAAAAGGUUCAUCCGGAAGCUGCCGACGCCUUUGCUCACAGCUGAGUACCUCCCGGCCUUCGCCAUGGUGCCCAGCAUCCCCGACCUGAAGCAGCGCCUGCAGGUUCUUCACCUGCUCAUCCUCAUCCUCCCAGAACACAACAGAAAUGCCUUGAAGGCACUGCUGGAAUUCCUCAGGAAGGUGGUGGCCCGGGAACAGCACAACAAGAUGACUCUGUGGAAUGUCUCCACUGUGAUGGCCCCUAACCUCUUUCUGCACCAAGGGCGGCCGCCCAAGCUCCCCAAAGGCAUGGAGAAACAGCUGGCAGAGGGGGCAGCUGAGGUGGUGCAGAUAAUGGUGUACUACCAGGAUCUGCUAUGGACAGUCGCCUCUUUCCUGGUCGCCCAGGUGCGAAAACUGAACGACAGCAGCAGCAGGCGCCCCCAGCUCUGUGACGCAGGCCUCAAGACUUGGCUGAGGAGGAUGCACGCAGACAAGGACAAGGCGGGGGACGGCCUCGAGGCGACUCUCAAGGUGGCAAAGAUCCAGGUGGUCUGGCCUAUCAAGGACCCCUUGAAGGUGCCUCUCACCCCCAGCACCAAAGUGGCCCACGUCCUGAGGCAGUUCACAGAGCACCUCAGCCCUGGUUCCAAGGGUCAAGAAGGCAGUGAGGACAAGGACAGCCUCCUUCUACAGUCCAUGGAGUCAGCCAGCAUCCUCCUCUAUGAAAUUGGAGGGAAUAUCAAUGAGCAUCGCCUGGACCCAGAUGCCUACCUCUUAGAUCUGUACCGUGCCAACCCGCACGGCGAGUGGGUCCUUAAACAGAGCCCCACCUAAACCCUGUGACUCUCAGGAGCAGCCUGGAUGCCUCCUCCUCUCCCCUGCUGGCUCUGUCUCCAUGUACCCAGCAUGAGAACAGAGCUAUUUCAGGGGGAAGGUCUGAGUCUUCUUCCAAGGCAUCCCUGUCUGAAAUGCUUCUCAGACCCCUCAGAAAUGGACUCAGAGCUAGUGCUCUCUGCACUCAGAGGGGCUAGGGUCUCAGGGAGGGGAAGCCAACACCAUAGCCACGAUCAGCCCUGGGAGAACCAGACAGAGGAAGACUUCCCUUCACAGCUCUCAUGGGUAUUUUUUUGUUUUGUUUUGUUUGUUUGUUCAUUUGAGACAGAGUUUUGGUCUUGUUGCCCAGGGCGGAGUGCAAUGGCUAGAUCUCGGCUCACAGCAACCUCCACCUCCCGGGUUCAAGCGAUUCUCCUGCCUCAGCCUCCUGAGUAGCUGAGAUUACAGGCACACGCCACCAUGCCCAGCUAAUUUUGUAUUUUUAGUAGAGAUGGAGAUUUCUCCAUGUGGGUCAGGCUGGUCUCAAACUCCUGACCUCAGGUGAUCUGCUCACCUUGGCCUCCCAAGGUGCUGGGAUUAUAGAUGUGAGCCACUGCUCCCCUCCUCACAGCUUUCAAGUUUUAACCACGCACACAAAGCCUUCACUCCCCCCAGCCCUCCAGAGAGUCACCUCCGACGCCAAGCUUGCUACAUGACAACACCACUUGGGGCUCUUGGAUCUCCAUGGACUUCUCUCCAUGGCUUCCAGCCUGGAGGAAAAUUAAAAUUGCAGCAACUCUAUUAAGAGGUAGUUGGGUUUUAUUUCCCCAGGCAAAAUUGUUUUGAAAGUGGCCCUGCAAUGUGUAGUGGCAGCAGCACCAGAGACAAAACCAGGAGAGCUCUGUGACCUUAGACAAGUCCCUUGGCCUCUCAGAGUCCUUCAAGGAAGAGGGGUUAGGGCCUCAGGGAGGGGGAGCCAGCACGGUAGCCAUGAUGAGCCCUGGGAGAACUGGACAGAGGAAGACUCUUCAAGGCUCUCAUGUUUUAAAUGUUGAUUUGUACAACCUUGUCAUUUUGUAAUAUGAUAUUUAAAUUGUUUAAACAUUAAAGGCACAACAAGUUCAAUGUCA